AACCAAAGAGGAGCCUAGCUCCUUGAUCAGUUUCUUCUCUAUAAAUACCUCUGCAAUUCUCCAUUCUUCUACAUCCAAAGCAUUCAUAUAUAUCUACACCAUUCUUCUUAAUCAACAGCUCUUCGCCAUAUAUUUCAAGCUAUAUUUUGCUGCGUACACGUUAUAUAACACGCGCAUACCAUGAAGUUUCUUAAGAUAUUCUUUUUACUAGCAAUGUUACUCGGGUGUUUAGCCAUUACUCGUUCUGAUACACCAUCCGAGGAAGAUCAAUCGUCUCUUGACUUCAUCAAUGAUGAUGACGAGGGAAAUUCUGAUCUUCCCUGGCCAGAGAACGAAGAAACAACUUCAUCUUUACGAGGGGCAAACCGCUUUCUCGCUCAGACUCGGGCUGUCAUGACCUGUAACAAGUACCCUAGGGUUUGUCGUGUCAAGGGCAGCCCUGGUCCAGAUUGCUGCAAGAAGAAGUGUGUGAAUGUGACAACAGACAGACUCAACUGUGGCAUGUGUGGUAAGAAGUGCAAGUAUCCUGAGAUUUGCUGCAAGGGGCAGUGUGUGAACCCGAUGUCUAACAAGAAAAAUUGUGGGGGCUGCAGCAACAAGUGCAAGAAAGGGAGUAAAUGUCAGUAUGGAAUGUGCAGCUAUGCAUAGAAAUUGUUCCAUGAGAUUUGUUUAUUAUUUAAAUAUGUAAGAGGGAUACCCUUAAUUCUUGAUUUAUUUCAUGUUGGUCAUAGUCACUUGCUUGUGUAAGUAAGUUUAGUUUAAUAAAUGAAUUAGGAUUUGAGUUAUAGUUA